AUGUCACGACAUGCAUCCUCUCAGCAAAGCAAAGAUUCGCAGCAGUAUCAGCUUGUGCCUUCAGAGUCACCGGCUGAUCAAGCACGUUCUUUGACUCAAGUCAGUCCUGGUUUCAUUUUUAACAACAAAGAUCAACUUAUUCACUCCUUACGAACACAUAAAGUCAACACCAUUACCGAAUUACGUCGUAUAGAGAGAAUCUUUGCACAUCUGGACUCUGAAGAAGUUGCAGAGCCUAUAACAUCAGCUUGGGCAUAUUACGUUAAUUCGAACAACCUUUUGAACGAAUUACGUGGUCUAACGAGGGAUAUUCCUUUCAGCUCAGAGUGUUUAGAUGAGGCUAAGGCUUUGGUGGUCGCCGACCCUGCAAGUGCUCGGAGUUGGAACUAUUGCUGGCUAGUUCUGGCGAAGAUCGAAAAAGAAAGUUUGAUUUUGAAAUAUGCUCGAGCUCUCGCCUCAAAGCGCAGCACAUGGGGAGAUCGUCAGCCUACUAAGGAGGAUGCUAAGAAGUUCAUCAGUGCAACCAUAGCUGAGUGGAACUUUGCAGUACGUCAACUUCUCAAACACUGGGACAUUGCGCCGAGCACCACAGGCGACUAG